AGAAGGAGCGAAACAGAAAAGAAAAGUAUGGCUGAAAGUAUAACAUCAGGAACGUCAAACAUUUCCUUAAGCUCCAGCUCAGCGACCGAAAGAGAAAGGGCUCGAGAACGGGAAGUCAAACCACGAAUUUUAGUCCAGGCUGGCGCUUUUAGCCUUGCGCUGGGUGAUAUAGAUGAGGAGUACAAGAGAGCACCAAAAUCAGCUGCCAAAGAAGGAUAUUACAUUUUGAGGAACGGUGGCACAGCGGUUGACGCUGUAGAAACAGCAGUUCGUGUGUUGGAGGACAAUGGACACUGUAACGCCGGUUUUGGAUCGUAUUUGAACAAUAAUAAUGAAGUGGAAUGCGAUGCACUCAUAAUGGACGGCGAUACCUUAAAAAAUGGCGCAGUGAUGGCCGGACGCCAUUUCCGCAAUCCUGUUUCCCUCGCCAGAAAGAUCAUGGAAGACUGUCACCAUAGUGCCUUAUCUGGUGAAGGAGCUCUAGAAUUUGCUCGCAAAUGUUCUUUCCCAUGCUAUGAUCAAGAUGAAUUGAUAAGCCGAUAUAGUCGUGACAAAACACAAGGAGUGAAUUACGAAAAUAUGGUUGAUUUUAUAGAACUUUACUAUCCGGGAAUUCCCCAGAUGGCGAUGGACACUGUAACUGCUGUUGCCAUGGAUGCCGAUGGUAAAAUGGCGUGUGCGGUGUCAACAGGUGGUAUAGCGGGAAAAUUGAAAGGUCGUGUCGGAGACGUGCCGAUGGUUGGUUGCGGGGGUUACGCGAACAAAAGCGGAGCAGCAACCGCCACUGGACAUGGCGAGUCCAUAAUAAAAAUGACUCUGGCAAGAGACGUCGUUUCCAUGAUGGAAGCAGGAGACAAUGCCCAGACGUCUGCAGAAAAUGCCGUAAAGAAAUUGCUGGGCAGUAUUGGUAACUGGGGUGCAGGUGGUGCAAUCGCCAUUGAUAAAGAUGGAAACUUUGGGAAGGCGUGCCGUACCGAAAAGAUGCCAUGGGCAAGCAUCGUGGCCGUCCGAGUUAGGGAAGGCGAAGAAACUGAAAUUAUAAAACACCGAAUGGAAUCCGGCAUGAAUCCAACUGACGAACCUGAAAUUGAGUAUUGGUAAAUUAACCAUGUUUGAGAGCACAAACAUUUUCAAAUAUAAUCUGUCACAACGUAGUUUUAUUCGAGGUUUCAUGCGGACCUCAGGUAAUUAUUAAGUAAUAUUAAGUAAUAACGCCAAUAAGGCGGUGCAAGGUGGAUAAUCUUUUAAGCUCGUAAUUAAUGUUAUGCACGAAUAGUUUUUUGGGGGUACUUAUUGAGUUCGGCUGUCUUUUUUCUUCAAUCAUGCAUUUGUUACUUUCAUCAAUGUACGGUUAUUAAAAUAAAUUAUAAAAGAAAUAAAA